AUGACUGAAGCACGUACUACAUGGUUGUCAGGACUUGAUGUAGCAAUUGUAGGUAAUCUAGGUGUUGGAAAGCAUACUUUUAUUCAAUCUUUUCUUAAUUCACCAAUUGUUCGAGCAGCAACAGAGACACCAACCAAUAUCGAGAUUACGAAUCAACUAGAUAAUCAUGUUAAAUGGAACUAUCAAUUUUGUAAUCUUCAAACAAAGUUCAAUCUUAGAUUAAAGCCUUCAAAUACAUCAAAAGAUUCGAAUUCUUCUGGUGAUCAUCCACCUAUUAUAAAUCAAUUAAUUUGUGGUGGAUUCUACAAUUUUCUAAAUAUACUAUUUAUAUUGUUUGAUGUCACCAAUCUACAAUCAUUUGAAAAUCUUAAAGAUUGGUAUGAUGAAGCAAACCAGUACAGCAUAUCUCAUUUCGAUACGGUGAUCGUUGGAACAAAAAGAGAUUUGGUUGACCAAAGAAAGAUUACAAGAGAACAAGCAAAUGAUUAUGCGCUUGGUCUUGGUAGUUCAUACUUUGAAGUUGGUCAAGAUGACGAUGAUGGUACUUGUAUCGAUAGAGUAUAUAGUAUAAUAACAAAACAUUUAUAUGAAAAUAUAUGCAAGGAUAUGAUAGCACCUAGUGAAAAGUUUUUAUAUUUGGAAUUGGAUAGUAUUUCAUCUCCUCCUCAAUCAACCAAAUCAACAACAACAACAAUUAAAGAUCAAUUAUUUUAUUCUGUAUAUAGAUUAAAAUAUAUUCAAAACAAUAUAUUUAAACAAAUUACAAAGAUACAUUCAGAUUUAAAUGUACAUGUUGUUCGAGGCAUUGGAAUGCCAAACAUUGAAUUUUGGUGUACCAAUCGAUAUAUCAAUGUUUUGAAAUACUAUCAGAAAACAAAACUACCAAUAGAGUUUAAUUGUAUCAUUAAAUCUAUUACUAAAUUAUCAUCGAUUCUCAGAAUGCCAAAUAACUUGGAGUUGUUACAAUAUAUUGUAGAAAAUAUUGGUAGAAAUCUAAAACAAAAAGACAAAAAUCGAAUAAUGAAUGAAGUAAUGGUUGGAGGUGAUUUAUCAAUGGUUCAAUACCUUUACAGUCAAGAAUAUUAUUGGACAAAUGAAGGAUUACGGAUGGCCAUUACAUUCAACCAUUUAGAUAUUAUUAAAUUCAUCAUUGAAAAGUCUGGUGAUGUAAAGAUAAAAGAGUGGUUUGAUUUGACUGAUCAGAGUCUAGAAAUGUGUAUUGGUGUUGCCAAAUCAUACAAUAGAAAAGAAAUUGAAAAUAUAUUAAAAAAGAAACAAUCUUUGAAAUUUAAAUUAUCAAAUAUGUUCAAAAAUUAA